CAUACUUUAAAAAUGGCGGAAAACUUUAAUUUCCAGUACGUAGCCGAUCGCAAGUUUCCUGCAUUUUCAUCCAACGUUUUAAAGGAGCUGCUUACUAAAUGGGGAAUGUAUGAUCAUAUGAAACUACAGAUGUUUACCUUUGACAAGCACUUUCAACAAUAUAAAAAAAAUGAUUUUGUUAUGGAUUUUCUCACAGAUCCAUGCGUUCAAGCCAAUCUUCAGGUUUUUUCCAAAAGUGGAUCGUCGGCUUCUAUAGGAGCGUUGAAUAUUGAUAAAGUUUUGUCGAUCCUGUUCCUUGCUCUGUGUUGAAUAUGGAGUUUUUCAAUAAACUCUUUAGGCAAGGUUUGGUUCGUGAUUCUGGAAUGAUCUAUAAAUGUUUUGAUGAAUACAUCGAAGGAUUUUUGAUAUCAGACGAGCUACGCAAGAUGCAUCUGACGGAUGAAUCUGAUCAUUAUGAUGUGUUUUCUGAUACUGAGAAAAGCGAGUUUAUAUUCAGAAUAUUCGCUCAUUUAUGUCUUGGUGGAGAUGUCUGCCAAUUUGAGGAUGAUGUGAAUCCGUAUCUCGAGUCGGCGAAAGCAAUAUAUAAAGAUCUCAUAAGCGUCUCCAAGGAUUCAAGGACUAAAGAAAUAAAAACGCGAUCACAUGUUUUUAAAAUAUCUGCAUGGAACGGUAACGAGGAAAUGAUUUAUCCGCAUGGAAAGAAACAUUCACAGUCCUUUUCUUAUCUUGUCGUGGAUCCUUUGAAACGAAACGUGUUCGUAUGGUAUCAUCAGUGGCUUGGUAUUGCUUGGUGACGCUCCUGUCAUUUUCGUUGAAGCAACGCGCGCUUGUAUUGCGUCGGUUUUUUGUCGCCCACUUCAUUGGCUGGUAUAAAGAACUAAUGAAACUUUGCUUUUGUGAACUCCGUCAUGGAAUGCGCUUAUGAAUUUUUCGGCUUAUUCAUGAUUUCAUUGCGGGCAGGUCUUCGUCAAUGAGGCAAGGUACGAUCAUUGUGACCUACGAUAAGUAUGUGGAACUUUACCUAUAUCCAAGGAUCAAAAUGCAUACAUAACUACGUACAUACUGAAAAAUUCGUGUACAUAUAUUUAACAAUCAAUGUUCUUCUCCCAACCAAUUGUAACGAAGAAUUACUUUAAACGCUACCCGCAAUUUGAGCAGGUAUUCGAUAUCUGCAUAUCAUAAAGGUUAGCUGUAUAAAUGAUUUUGAAGCUUUACGCUUGAUCUGUACACCGAGUAUAAGCAGUCUCGAAUCAUUUUGGCUCUCUUUUCGCAAAAAACAACAGAAAAAUACAAUGAACUCUGAAGAACGUUACUCGCGAAAACAAGGUAAAAUGUGAUUAGAUGAUUAAACAUACUCAACAUGAUACUUGGCUUUGUCUGGUUCAUCAUCGAUGAAUUAUGUCACCGCUUAUUGGGUGGAGUAAAGAGAUAAUGUAAUUGUCAACCUCCAUUGUAAGUUUUGUCGCAAAGGAAUCUGUGAUGAGAUUGGUAUCUAGCUGAAUAAAAUGCCCUAAUUUAUGGUAGUAUGCUUUAUA